AGCACAGAGGCCUUUCUGUACCCGGUCUCUACUGUAUUGAGAUCAGAUUCGUGCCUUUGUGCGCAACGACACAACCCUAAUGGCUUCAUAGCAGCUGCAGAAUUCCGUUGUUCUGCACCAGGAACGGGCCAGUCCUGUUCGCGCUAACAGCUCGCCUCCAAAUGCGACCGGGACUGGCAGGCAUAGCGGCGGAGAUGCUGAGCGGUGUCACCGGCAGGGCCAGGCCGAGGUUCGGCAGCCUCUUACUGACUCCCGCAGCCAAAACAUUACCGGCGCUGCAGUCAGGCACCGGGAAUCCCAGAUUCCGGUCCACAUCAUCAGCGCAGGGUGUCUCAGAAUUGGCAAGAGAACGGUCGAAGACUGUCACUUCCUUUUACAACCAGUCCGCCAUCGAUGUUUCGGCAGAGAAGGCCUCAGUGCGGUUGACCUUAGCGACCCUGCUAUAUUCUGGGAAAUCUCCUGAUGGACACCACAUCUUGAGCAGUGCCAAGUACCUUCACAAGGAGCUGCCUGUGCGGAUCGCCCAUCGCAUCAAGGGCUUCCGCAGUCUGCCCUUCAUCAUCGGCUGCAACCCAACCAUUCUUCAAGUGCAUGAGCUGUACAUCAGAGCCUACCACAUGCUCAGCGACUUUCCCCAGAUCAAGGACCAGGAGGUCGAGGCUCGUUUCUGUAAACUGGUGCAGCAGCUGCUGGACGACCACAAAGACGUGGUGACCAUGCUGGCCCAGGGCUUCCGGGAGUGUCGACGACACAUCCAGGAUGAGACCAUCAUCAGGAACUUCUUGGAUACAACGCUGUGUUCCCGUCUGGGAAUCCGAAUGUUAGCCACACACCAUCUGGCUCUUCAUGAAGAAAAUGCGGAUUUUGUGGGGAUCAUUUGCAGACGCCUUUCUCCUAAAAAGAUCAUCGAGAAGUGGGUGGACUUUUCCAGGCGUCUGUGUGAACACCAGUACGGUAACUCUCCCCGGGUCCGGAUCAACGGACACGUGGCGGCCCGGUUCCCCUUCAUCCCGCUGCCGCUGGACUACAUCCUGCCAGAGCUCCUCAAGAACGCCAUGAGAGCCACCAUGGAGAGCCACCUGGACACUCCGUACAACGUCCCCGAUGUGGUGGUCACCAUCGCCAACAACGACAUCGACUUUGUCAUCAGGAUUGCAGAUCGUGGCGGUGGCAUCCCUCACAAAAUAAUCGACAAGGUGAUGGAUUACCACUUCAGCACCGCAGAGGAGAGCGUGCAGGACCCCCGCAUGAGCAACCUGUUCAACACCAUCACCAACAGCGGGAACCAGUCCAGCCCGAUGCAUGGAUUUGGUUUCGGCUUGCCCACAUCCAGGGCCUACGCGGAGUACCUCGGCGGCUCCCUGUCCGUACAGUCCAUGCAGGGCAUCGGCACCGAUGUCUACCUGCGUCUGCGCCACAUCGAUGGCAAAGGAGAAAGCUUCAGAGUGUAAAAGUCUCUCCCUGUAGGUCCAAACGAAGGAAUCAGGCCACGUUAGAGGGUUUUCUUCCCCACUUGAAGGCAGGCAGAGAUGAGGUUAUAUGAGAUGAGGCAGCCUUCAGAUCACUCUGUCAGAUCGUCUUUGUUUCGCCUUUUACUGAUUAUAAGCUAUGUUAGCUCUCGAUUUAAUGAUUUCGGUUGUCUUUUGUGUUUUGCACCCUGUGGCAUGUCAUCUCUUACGAUUUGGCGGUUCAUGAACUCUUGAAUGUUUUUGUUUAUCGGGAACUUUCUCUUAAAAGAAGAAGCUUCGUCAUUUAAGAGCUUCACUUUGAUGCUUCUUGUUUUGAAACAAGGUCAGCUCACAGGUUUCACGAAUCAUCACCACAUUUAGUGAGUUUUAUUUUUUUUCAAAAUCUAAAGCCUACCAGGGACAAACGGUGAGACUCAAAGCAGUAAAUGAGUUCAGACCUCGUCUUUAGAGUUAAAGGGGUUUUGGAUCUUGUGGCUUUAAUAACAAACGUAAAAUAUUCAAAGUGCCAAAACUCCAGUUGCUUUCAGUCUCUGCUUCUGCUUAGAAGAAACUUAAAUCUGUUUUCUGGACUGGAGAUGUUCAUCAGCCUUAAUGUGCAACUGAACUGCAUGAUGACUUUUUACUUUCCUUUUUUUAAAACUUUUUUUUAUUCUACUGUCCGACGCCUUCAUCAGUUCACACAGAUGCACAGCGUAGCAUUCAAACACAUCCGUUUGUUGGUUUUCCACUAUUAGUAGAUUUUGUGUGGUAAUGCUUGGCUCUCCUCACCAAUCACAGCCGUUUUUGACAUUUCUAUAGCAACUCACAAGCUAACAAUAUACCAGAGAAGCGUUUAACUUUUUUUUUUUCUAAGUCUUGGAGUUUCGUUGGAAGUUUGUGGUCUUUGAGAUAGGUUUCCCUUUGAUCAUGUUUAUGAAAAGCUAACCAACCGAGUUUGUUGCACUAUAAUACUUUUAUUUUUGCUAAUUUGCAUUCUUUUGGCCAAGUAGCAGCUUGAGUCAGUCGGGUUUCCAGUGAGGGUGAAGUGUGCACACCUCCAAAUUGGGCAUACGGUUGCUGGGAGUCCAAUGGGAAGGAUAAAAUUCUCCGUCUCCUGCUUGUAGCUCGUAGAGUUUUAAUACAGUCGAGCUUCGGUUCUCAGCCUUGAUCGGAUCUGCGAGUCCAGCCAAAAUACAUGGAAGGUUAUGAAUAUUGUUGAUGAAACCCUGUAUCUGCAUGGUCUUAUUAUGCUGAUUCAAAAACACUGAUUGUAUUUCUUCUUCUAUGGUGUGGACGAAACUGCUGGUUGGGGUACAGAAACCUCUCAUUUAAAGGAAAGUACCACAGACAUAAAGCAUCUAUGUUGGAUUAAUAAGGCAAAUAAGGAUAGAAAACAGAAGUUAUUAACUAAGAGCUCACUAAAAAGAGGUUUUACUAUUAGAUUUAGCAGAUUUCCAACAUCUGGCCUCAAAGUUGGGAGGGAAAAGAAAGCUAAGAUGGCUAAGUUGUGUUCUUGAAUGAACAAAAGUGACUAAACUUCCCCCCUUCAGUCAAAAGAAAUGUUUAAAAAGCCUCUUGAUUCGUGUGGUUUAGAGAUUUACAACAUAAUAAACACUAUGAGCACUCCCGUGACUGUGGCGAACAUUCCCCAGAGUGGUGCUGUUGUUAUGCAGCAGAUCCUCCUGAAUGCUACAUUUACAUUUUCUUUUUCACGUAGCAAGAUUUCUAACUGCUGCAUUCGCUGUCCUCCUUUAAAGGUGAAAGGGCGUCAGGAACCCAGCUUAACCUCACAUGUUUGCAGCUUUCCACAGUAAAAACUCUCCAAAGUAAAGUUUUUUUUUUUUUGUUUUAAUAACAUGAAACCCACAAAUAAAAUGUUCAAAUAUUUUUGAUUAGCAGCUUUACUUGCUGUCAAAAUAUCCCCUGGGCAUUUGUAAAGUUUACACACAGACAUUUAAAUGAAUUGUUGGCUUGUGAGGUGUUGUGAACUUAUUUUAUUUGUAAAAUAGAAAACAUUUGCUUUCAUUUUUAAAAGGCCGCAGUAUUUAUUUCUCACCUUAUUAUUAAGAAAAGAGAUGAUCGUUAUCAGUACCUACAUAAAUGGUGUACAUGACCUAAUGUUUUUAUUGUAACUCCGAAGGUCUUGGAAGCUAUAAAGAUGGGGGAAAAAACGUAGCUUAAGCCUAUAAAGCAUUAAUAGUUUAUUAGCAUCCUUAUUCCAAAAAUAUUGCUGGAACAAUGUUGAAGGGAGGGAGGAGAUUUUCAAUUUGACGGUGUCAUAAAAUGUGCACUGUCGCCCUCUGCUGGUCUAAAAGAGUUGAAGCAGGGAGAAAACGUUGAAGACAAAAUGGCUAUUUCUUUCUUUCCCCAUUUUCUUUUUCAUUUUGGAAUCGGUUACUAGAUUUUUUUUAGAUUAAAAUAAAAAUAGGAUUUGAACAUAGAGAGUUGUGUUACUGAAAAAAAAUCUGCUGUCACGAAGAGUUUUUGUCUUCUGGACUAACGCUGGUUUCUCAUGAAUUUUGUUUUGUUCCAAGAUUUUGUAGAAAUUAAAUUUUGCCUGUUCA